UAUAUCCUAGUACGGGGCCAUUUAUACACAGAACAACUUGUCUGAGCGCCAGAAGUCUGAUCUUAUGCUGUUCCUCAUUUCUCACACUAUUAUCAAUGGAUUCCGAAUUCGUAUAAGUCACCAAAGAGACCAGAUAAGAAACGUUAUGUACAAGUUAGGCAUUGCGUUGAAGGCCGUGCACAAUGACUGUGAGGCUGAACAGAAGAUGAUCACAAGGUCCAAGUUCUUCUCUUGGGCACUGAUAUUCAAUUGCGUGAUGUCUGUCAUCAUGUACACGAUCGAGGGAGUUCUAAGAGUUAUACGAACAGGGGAUACAUUUAACACCGUCAUAACAGCGUGGCCUGAUGUCCACGACAGGUCAAUGCUGAGCAACAUCGGGAGGACAGUAAUCUACAUCACUUGGUGGAUCUACCUGACACGUAUUUUCUCAGUCUACUCCCUAGUCAUCUGCUUGACCAUAGCCGUCAGCCAUCAGUUCAAGAACCUCAAGAGUUACUUCUAUAGCCUCAGUAAGAUUUUCGAAAAUGACAAUUUGUCGCAAACGGAGAAGGAGCAGGAAUAUGAGAAAGCUUUCAAAGUUGGCAUCAGCAUGCAUUCGGAGACGUUGAAGUGUACGGAAGAAAUUCAAACAAUAUGCCGAGAAGUGUUUAGCGGUCAAAUUAUAUUCAAUCUAACACUACUUAUCGUGCUAAUGUAUCAAAUGAUGAAUUCGCUCCGUACCUUUUCCAAUGUAUUGACGUUGGGACUAACGGCGCUGACAAUCCUGUUCAGCACUGGCUUCUUCAUGUGGAACGCUGGUGACAUCACUGUCGAGGCUGAAGGAGUCCCGGUGGCCAUGUUCAGCUCUGGCUGGGAGAACUGCUACCACGAGUCCUCAGUGCGUAUCAGGAAGCUGAUCGUCAUCUCCAUGUCACAGGCACAGAAAGCAGUGGCUCUAACUGGGCUGGGUAUCAUAGCGCUGUCCUACCAGUCCUACGUGUCUAUCGUGAAGUCGUCGUAUUCAGUAUUUUCCGUGCUGUAUUAAACAGACAAUCCUUUAGGCAUCUUUUAGGCACUACCUCUAUAGUACAGUAACUUGUUUUUAAUCAAAUAAAUGACUGUGUUUUCACUUAUGGAACUAUACUUAACCCGGUAUUUUGGAAAAUGUACGAGACGCUGAAGUUAACUUCGCAGAAGCCGGUUAUACAACAUUACCAAGAAAUUAAACAAAUAAAUAAUAAAGUACACCUGUUAAAAUAAAAUGUCAAAUAGGUAUAUGAAUAAAAGAAAAUUCUACAAAGUACAUAAUUUGCUCUUUAUUUGAUUAACUUUAACAGACAACAAACACAUUUAAUAUACAUUUUUAUACAAAAUAUACAUCCAAAUAAAGUGGGUUACCUACAUAGGUUAACUUUUUUAUAAAAUUUGUAAAUAAAUCGAAAUAAAUGCAUACAUAGUCUUAGAAUUAGGUCCAUUUCUUUUACAAAAGUUCAAGACAAAGUUUAUGAGAACAUAUAACUAAUAUGAAUCACACUAUAAUGCCAACAUUGAAACAACUACAUUAAAUGUAUAUAAAACAAGGCACAUUUUCGCAUAACAUCAUAUUUUACGAGUUAACUAAAUAUCCAGUUGCCUUAUCUAUGUUUUUAAUUGCACUAGAUGACUUACUAAAAGAAAUGUAUAUAGAAUAUAGAUAUUGAUAUAUUUUAACAAGAUUUAUAAACCAAUCGAACCUACAUAAUAUAUAAAGUACUGGGCACUUGUGUUAAAAAUAUUUUUAAUUGCACUUGGACACCAAAAUUGGCUUUACAAUAAUAAAAUUGUUGAUUAUUGUGGUUUGAGCUCAUUAUACGAAAUAUCUCUCCACAGAGAGAUCGAUAAAUGAGUAUCGUAAACAGGUUCGAGCCCUCAACUAGCUAAAAAUGUAAACAAAAACUGUAUAGAAAAACUACAGUAAAGUAUUAUAGCCGUUUUCAGCAAGAACCUCUAAACCAUUCACUAAGAGUUACUUAGCUUGUUACAUUUGCACUGUUAGGUGUCACUUAUCACUUAUAGGGUAGUGAAAACUAAAAUGUGAUAAGGUGUCUCCUAUCUUAACUUAGUUACAAUUUCAGAUAUGUUGCUGAAAACGGGCAUUACUCGAAGGAACUCUUAAAUGGAGCACUUACAAAUAAACCAGGUAUCUAACACUACAUGGCUAUGAACUGCGUUACAACUUGCACCAUAUUACUUAUCAGUCAAAUAUGGCUACUGACAUGUGUAUGAAUAAAAAUGCACAAAAAACAUCGCUUACAAAUACAAAUUGUUAGAUUACUAUUAGUACUUGAUUUAGUAGUGAAUUUAUUCAUUCCGUGUCGAUACUAUUUACGUACUCAAGGUCAAAACGAAUGACGUUUUUUAAUAAGUAUUUUGGAUGCAAGAUUCUUUCAACUAUAGUUAUGCUUUACCUGCAUAACAAUGGCCUAUAAUAA